GUGUUUUAUUCAUUUUUAAGUAGAUUUUUAAGUUUGUACUUAUAUUACAGUAUAUAUUUGAAUACUUGUUAAAGUUAAGUGAUAUAUUGUUAUUUUAGGCAAGAUCGUAUUUUCCAACGGAACACUUCCAUGCGUUUUCAGUGCUUUAAAGAUGUCAGAUGGAGAACUAUGCACUGCUAGCUGUGACUUGGAUGAGAAGAUCUUCUAUCAUUGCUGCAAGCUUAUCCUCAAGCAUUCUGUUGUAAUUAAAGAUGGAUGGAGCUGGUCAAGUCAAAGGUCAAAAUAUGAGACCUUGUCAAAGGAUGGUGUCGAAGGUUACUUAAAAAAGACUUCUCUAAAACCUGGGAAAAGAUCUAGUUCUUUGCUUAACUACAAAGUUAAAGAAGAUACAAGUGCUUGGACACAUGAAUUCCAGCUGGAUGAUGAGGCAGCUGAAGUACAUACACUGUGUGAUGAUCAAAUCAUAAUGCAUUAUGAAUACCAUGUUUUAUAUUCCUGUAGCUAUCAGGUUCCCGUAUUGUACUUCAGAGCAUCCACAUUAGAUGGACAACUCUUGUCCCUUGAGGAGAUUUGGAACAACAUUCACCCAAACUACAAACAAAGACUACUGCUAGAACCAUAUGCUACACUAACACAACAGGAGCACCCUUUCCUGGGCCAGCCCUUUUUUAUGCUUCAUCCUUGUCGCACCAAAGAGUUUAUGAGACCAAUUUUGGAAAUGGCACUAGCUGAAAAUAGAAAAAUAAACUACAUUGUCACAUGGCUGAGCAUUGUUGGGCCUGUGGUGGGAUUGGACGUGCCUUGUACCUAUAACAGAGGGGUGACUGCUCAUGACUGAGGCCCCAACUUCACACAAUAGCAAUGUUUGUUUGAAAACUAGUAAGCUGUAUCUGCUCUUUUGUAUACAUCUGGUGGAGGACAAGAAGACAGUAAAUGGACCAGUGUUCUGCAGGGCAAUUUGUCACAAACCUAAUGUAUAAAAUACUCUUUGUUAUAUACAGUGUGCUUUUUUUUCUUUACUACAGAACAUUAAGACCUUUUAAAAAUGAAUCUAUAUACUGUACUUUGGUGACUAGUGUGCUUUUAUAAAGAAACCACUUUAAAAUUGUCAAUAUUUCUGGUUUAGCUAUUUGUUAGUGUCUUUGGAGUGAAAUUAGCAUUUUUAUUUUGAUAAACAUUUUAUUUUAUGCACUACUCACAACGUAUUAUCAUUUAAAGCAAUUAUUUACAGAAAAUGACAAGGGCUGUCUGGCCAGUCAGGCAUUUGCACAGACGUUGGGGGUAGGGGGUGCUUGGGCAAAGAUUGUCUAAUCAGAAAUAUUCAACCCCCUCACCAUAAGAGAUUUUAUUGUAAAAUGUAUAGAAUUAAAUGAAAAUAUACAACAAGAA